UGUGGGCGGGGCUUGGGGCAAAAGCCCAGUAGGAGCAGCGCCUGUUACUGUCGUCUUCGCCGCCACCGCCGGCGCCACUCCUGGAUUCAUUCAUUCCUUUUUUUUCAUUCACGCAGGUAGUGAGGCCUAGUCGAAAGCCAUGGAGAGCGUUGUCCCGGCCGCCGGCUUCUUCUACUGGGUGGGCGCGGGCACCGUGGCCUACCUGGCCCUGCGCAUCUCGUACUUUCUCUUCAUGGCCUUUCGGGUCUGGGGGUUAGGUAAUGAGACCGCAGUCGGACCGGGGCUCGGUGAAUGGGCAGUUGUCACAGGUAGUACUGAUGGAAUCGGAAAGUCAUAUGCAGAAGAGUUAGCAAAGCGUGGAAUGAAAGUUGUCCUUAUCAGCAGAUCACAGGAUAAACUGAACCAGGUUUCUAGUGAAAUAAGAGAAAAAUUCAACGUGGAAACAAGGACCAUUGCUGUUGACUUUGGAUCAGAAGAUAUUUAUGAUAGAAUUGAAACAGGCUUGGCAGGUCUUAAUAUUGGUGUUUUAGUGAACAACGUGGGAAUGUCGUAUGAGUAUCCUGAAUACUUUUUGGAUAUUCCUGACUUGGACAAUGUGAUCAAGAAACUGAUAAAUAUUAAUGUUGUUUCUGUUUGUAAGAUGACACGAUUGGUGUUGCCUGGCAUGGUAGAAAGAUCAAAAGGGGUAAUUCUGAACAUCUCCUCCGCCAGUGGCGUAUACCCAGUUCCCCUACUGACAAUCUACUCUGCAACCAAGGCUUUUGUGGAUUUCUUGUCUCAGUGUCUCCACGAGGAGUAUAAAAGUAAGGGCAUCUUUGUGCAGAGUGUCGUGCCACACUUCGUAGCUACAAAGCUGUCUAAGAUCCGAAGGGCAACUUUGGAUAAGCCCUCUUCAGAGACAUAUGUGAAGUCUGCGAUGAAAACAAUAGGCUUGCAGUCCCGAACCAGUGGAUACCUGAUCCAUUCUGUUAUGCUCUCAAUAAUCUUAUCCCUGCCUUCUUGGAUCGCCUUUAAAAUAAUUAUGAACAUCAACAAGUCUAUGCGGGCUCGCUAUCUGAAGAAAACCAAGAAGAACUAAGCAUGGAUAGCUUCACUGAAUACCUUAGGCAGAUGCCUCAGCCUCUGCGUGUGCACUGCCAGGCACCCUCCUGUCUCCUAACCCUUCAGUUGUCGUUUUAAUUGUUACUAACUUGGCUAAAUUUUGCAUAAUUGGGAGGAAAGUUAAGUUGCUUUUAGGAUACUACUGGGAGUUGUUUUGAAGUUUUCUAUACAUGCUCAAAUCAAAUGGAUAUCAAAUUAAUAAUUAGCAAGAACAGCUUAAUGGGAAGGGACACAAUCAUAGCAAAUCACAGAAUUGUAGUGUCAGACAUAAAACACAACUCUUGCACCAGGUUCAAAAUGCCAAUGAUCAUUAUCCUUCUGUUUUUCUCCGAAACAGACUUGAGAAAGUAAUGACUAAAACACUUUUUUGCUUCUAACACUUUGAGGAAAUGGAGAUUAGUUGGUUUGACUUAUAGGAGGCUGUACUACCAUUCGCAUAGAUCUCUCUGUAAGGUUUUCUGAAAGUAUGUUUCAGUUUGCACAUUUACAUGAAAUUAUUCUUUCUCACAGGUAGCUAAUGGCAUGAAAAUAAUUUAUGAAAUAACAGGGUCAUUUCUGACGCAUGAAACCCACUAACAUGUUUUCCUCUAACGCAUGUUUCUUCUGAGUUUAAAUGUGUAUAAAUACUGAAAGCUAUAUGGUAUGAUUUAUAGAGGUAAAUAGACCAAAAUGUACAUUGAGACCGGCAGCCACCUAUUAUGCCACUGGUCCAGGAAAGCCUGAACCCUCAUUCUUCUUUGUGUCUGUACUGUACCUACCACUAAUGUUCAUGUAGUGAAAACACCCUACUCCUCUAACAAUAACGACAUUACAGAGCUGGUAUUACACUUUUUAAAUCAGGAUUCUAUGGGGCAGUUCUACUCUGUCCUAUAGGGUCGCUAUGAGUCGGAAUUGACUCCAUGGCAGUGAGUUAUAGGUAUUGACAAAGUUUUAAUAAAAGAUGAUAUAACCGCAAUGUUGAUUGAAAAUAUAUUUUUUGGGUGCUUGAAAUUAAGGCCAUGUUUACAUUGACCUGAAAUAAAUUAAGACUUAAUUUUUAUCAUGCUACAAAAUUUUAAUGGAGAAUUCACCAAGAACUAAUUCAAGAUUGUGGAACGUGUAACACAGAAGGUAAACUUUUACCUAGGCUCUGUAAGAGAUUUUAGGACCCAAAAUGUAGGAAGAACAUAAUCUCAGAAUAAAGGAUAAUCAUUUAAAUGGAAUAAAUUUGACUUUACGAAAAA